AUGAAGGACCUAUUUCCAACUAAAAAGAGCUUUUUUACGGCUCUUGAUCGGCUGGAUGACUCAGAUGAUCAAGAUGAAGAGGAUGAUAGCUGGGGGAAUCUUCUAACUUCUGCAGACAAAGGACUCGACAAACCCAAUCCAAACAAAGUCGCUCCUUUCGCGGAGCGUAUUCGAGCAAAUUCGGACCCUAUAUCUUCGUGUGACCUUCAAAGCAAGAGAGGCAGUCCGUUCGCUGUCGCUAAGCCUGCCCCUACGAACCGCCCUCGGACAGCUGGAACUAUGCCUGCUAUCAAGAGCGCAGGGCCUCCUCAAAAGAAAAGAAAGACCAAUAAUGCUAAGAUAAUCCCAGUUGACCAGCAGAUCUUCAAGGGAUUGGUCUUUUUCUUCUUCCCAAACAACGAUGUAUCUCCAUUCCGACGAUUGCGCAUUCAACGAGCGCAGGAUUAUGGUGCACGAUGGAGUCAAAAUUGGGCUACCGAUGUCACUCAUGUGAUUAUGGACAAGAACUUGUUAUUGACCGAUCUCCUUAACUACCUCAAACUUGAAUCCUUGCCAACGAAUGUCGCUCUUGUCAAUGAAUCAUAUCCAUCCGAAUGUAUCCAGUUUCGUUCCGUUCUUGAUACCUCGCACCUUCGAUUUCGUCCCAACGGAACUCCAACGACUGCCGAGAAGCAGAAGUCUCCAGUUGUGGAACCACCACUUCCUGAUUCUCUUCCAUUGAAACCAUCGCGGCGGGAGAAAAACCAGUCUCCGGAACGUUGCUUAUCGCCAGUCAAGAAACCGACGCCAAACUCCUUGCCAAAAGACUUACCAGAAAUUGUACCGGAAAGUGUGCCCAAUAAUAUGAUCUCUGAACCGGUCCAUGAACCUGCAGCCGAAGAAGCUUGUAAAAGAGGAAGUCGGGAGCGAGAUGCACUGGAUGAUAUAAUAGACGAGGCUAAGGCCACAAGUCAUUUGCCUCUGGAUCCAGUCGAAUUUCCCGUUGACGAAUCUGCUGGUGCUUCCGAUAACGAAACCUCGAGCUCAGGGGAGGAGUCAAGUUGGAAAACACCAAAAACAUCCACCGGAGAAGGCAAGGGCAAAGGAAAAUCCGACUGGACAAAAGGUUUCGCCUGUAUGCAGAAGUUCGAUCCGGACACGAAGCUUGACGUCCCAAACAGCGGAACCAUUGAGGUACUUGAGCAAAUGCUGGAAUACUACACCCAGACUGCAGACCAGUGGCGGGUUAUGGCCUAUCGCAAAGCCAUCAGCGCUUUGCGAAAGCAACCAAACAAGAUUGUUACGCGAACACAGGCUCGGGCCAUCCCUGGUAUCGGAGAGCGGUUGGCUGACAAAAUCGAAGAAAUUGUCAUGACUAACCGCCUUCGUCGUCUCGAGAACACCAAUAAUACCCCAGAAGACCUGAUAAUCAAAGAAUUUCUCGGCGUCUAUGGUGCUGGCCUUCCCCAGGCCUCCAAAUGGGUCGCACAGGGCUACAGGUCUCUGAAGGAUUUAUUGGAAAGAGCUCCAUUGACUAAACAGCAGCGUAUUGGGGUGGAACGCCACAGCGACUUCGCGCAACGAAUCCCCCGCAAGGAGGUUGAAGCCCACGGGGCGAUCGUGCGAAAGGCGGUGCAGGCUGUGGAUAGGGAUAUGCAGGUGAUCGUCUCGGGCUCUUACCGCCGCGGGGCACUCACCUGCGGGGACGUGGACUGUCUGAUCACCAAACCUGGUGCCUCGCUUGAGCAAAUCCGCAUUACGAUGCUCGGUCUUGUUGUACCUAGAUUGUUCAGUAGUGGCUUUCUGCAGGCUAGCCUUGCCAUCUCGUCGCAUCAGGAUGGAUCUAAAUGGCACGGUGCAUCAGCCCUACCUGGCACCACCCUGUGGCGUCGGAUCGAUUUAUUUCCUUGUGACUGUACCUAUCAGCUUGGCGGGAUACACUGCCUAGUCUGA